UCAUGGGUCUUUCUGUGCUGCGCUCAAACAGUAUACGUGCCCUAUAAUCGUUGCGCUAAUUACUUUAGGUACGAACUGUUGGACCAUGGUCUUACUUAUAUGGGCAUUUUCACACAUUCCUCGGGGCCAAAUCCAUUGAAUAAGUGGUCCGCAACAUUCGAUAUUCGUGGUCAUCGCGAGGUGAGCUCGUGAUUUGCUCAAUUCCUGAGCUUUCAUUUCAUACUAGGGAAUUUUAUAUUUAAUAGAUAUUUGUAAGUCCCCUGAUGCCGUAUCGCGAAAACAUUUUAAAUGGCCAGCUCGGACAGGUUUUUGUUUACUUUGUGAAUAUCAAAACAGAACUGCCCAUACUUACGCUUUUGAAACUGAACAAACAGACGCUGUGCAACGGUACUGGAUACGAAAGCCCCUCUACCAAAAUUACUUCACAUUAUACACUUUAUACAAUGGAGCUAUCGAAAAGCAAGCAUAACUGA